CCGAUCUCCUGUCUCCUCUCGUUUGUUCCUCACACGAUCCACUGAGACAGAACGUCGUCUCCAUGACAACCAACCGACUCACCGCGAACCUCUAAGACCAGACCAACCACCCGCUUCAGCUUCCGGUUUCAAUUCCUCGCCUCGUCCAGUGGGCGGGGCCAUUGGGCAUCUGGUGGGACCUGGGUCCUGUAGGCGGGGCCUAGGCUGGCGGUGAGAUCCAGUGAAAGGUGUUGGACGGUGGAAGCAGGGCAGAUUGCACAGAAAACAUGAAGGCUGUUAUCCUGGCUGCUGGCUAUGGUACCAGAUUGAACCGUGACCUACAGAAUGAUAGCAGUGGUUGUUUCAAGCAUCUCUGUGGCAUUCCCAAACCCCUUCUACCAGUAGGAAAUAAGGCACUUAUCAGUCAUUGGAUGGCAGCAUUGGACAAGAUUGACAGCAUUGAUGAAGUUUAUGUUAUUACAAAUGAUCUUUAUUAUGUGAAAUUUGAAGAAUGGGCAAAGGAGUUUCAACUAGUUAAAGUUCUAAAUGAUGGAACAAAAAACAAUGAAGAACGGUUGGGUGCCAUAGCUUGUCUUCAACUUGCCAUUACUCAGUUUAACAUUAAUGAUCAUGUAUUGAUCCUAGGAGGUGACACUUUAUUCUAUGAAGACUUCAGCCUAUCUGUUGUUCUUGCACGAUUUGCUGAAUUGCAGAGUACUAAUUGCGACAGCAAUUUGGUUCUGUCUUACUUUUGCAAAGAUGAAGAAACGACAAAGUUUGGCAUUUUAGAAACUGAUGAAAACUUCCAAGUAACUGCAUUUAAAGAGAAACCCCGCUCAACUGAAACAACAUCUCGCAGAGCUUGCCCAUGCUUCUAUAUAUAUUCAAAAAACACAAUACCUUUGAUUGCAAAAUUUCUUCAAGAGAAACAGAAUUCAACAUUGGAAGAGAAGGAUGCACCUGGUAACUUCUUACGUUGGGUCUACUCAAGGAAACCAGUGUUUGUUCAUCAAGUACGUGGCCGGUUUGAUGUUGGAAAUCUUCCGGCUUAUAUUGACUGUACCACAUAUUUCCAGAAGCACAGAAAGGAAUUAUUGAUUUAAGUAACUUGCAGUUUUCCAAAGGAUUUAAAAGCUCUGGAGAACGAGCCUUGUACAGCAUCUGUACUUCUUCUUAAUGUUUUCCAAGGAGAAACUGGUUAAUGUUUUUAUUUAGAAAAAGCUCUAACCAUACAUUUAAUUCCUAAUCCUGCAUACAGAAUUAAGGUUUGAAUUAUUGCUUUUUAAAAAAGAACUUCUAUUUUACUAGGAUAAAUCAAUGAAUGAAAGUACAGCUACAAUGUAUGAAAGUAGGUAAUAUCCAUGAACAUUCCAGAACAAUGUUACUUUAUUAAAAAUAAAGUAACAAUUUUUAAAAUAAUUCAGCUAAAAGACACCCUAAAACGAGUUAAAGUCUUUAUAUAGCAACUGCAUGAAAAAAUGGUGAAGUUAAACUUUCUAAUAUUUGCAGUCACACAUAGAGCGCAUCACAGAGAAAUCAGUUUGUUGGACUGAUGUAAAGUUCCGGAAUAUGAUAGCUUAAAUGGUCUCAUUUUGUACUAUAAACUUACAAGUGUUAGAGGUCAAGCAUGUUAAAGUAGCCUAAAAGAAUACAGAGAAGUUAAAAAAACACUAGCUUUUUAAAGAUAGUAGGAACUGCAGAUGCUGGAGUAUCUGAGAUAACAAGGUGCAGAGCUGGAUGAACAUAGCCGGUCAAGCAGCGUCAGAGG